AUGAAAGACUGCUUGUUUCAAUGUCAAAGACAGGGAUUUGAAGAUGCUCAUAUGUUUAGUAAUGUUUCUGAUACUAUAUUAUCUUCUAUGCAACAAAGAAAACCAUAUGCCUAUUUACAUUUAUGUUAUUAUCAAAUGAAUGCCCUGCAUAAAGCUGCUUCUGCUGCAUAUACUUAUUUAACAGCAAAUCCUGAAGAUGAAAGAAUGAAAAGAAAUGUGGAAUAUUAUAUUGAGCAGCCUGAAGUUAACAUUAAAGAAGUGAAUGAUCUUGAAAGUGAAGACUAUCAAACUUUAUACAAACUUGGCAAACAAGCCUAUGGAAAAAAUAAAUGGGGAGAAACAAUUGCUAAUAUGGAAGAAACACUAACAGACUACCUUACUUGGGAAAACUUUUGUAGAGCUGAAUGUGAACAUCAAUCGGAACAAGAAUGGUCACCAGAAUUUAUGAUAUCUAUUUCCAAUAAUAUUCUUCCUGUUCUUGUAUGCAGACAAGAAUGCCAAAAUAAACUAAAACCAUUAUAUACAUCAGGUGUGGAAUUUUUAGCUGAUUUAUUAAAUUAUUUGCAAAUCUCAUAUUAUCGCAUGGACAGACUAGAAGAUGCUGCUAAAGGAGUAGCUAGUUACUUAUCUUUACUUCCUGAUGAUGAGGACAUGCUAGCAAAUAUGAAUAUAUAUAAAACUCUUGUUGAUAAUAAAAAGUUUGUAGAAAGAUCAGAUAUUGUUCACUAUUUAAAACGUGAUAAGAGAGUUAUGGCUUCAGAAGUGAUAGAAGACAAGCUGACAAUUAAAAAUAUAUUAUUUACAAAAGCUUUGCCAAACUAUAUAAUUCCUAUAGCACCAGAUGGCCAUAAAAUUUUUCCAUGUACCGAUUGUGGUGAUAAAUUUUUGUUGGAGUCUAGUUACAAUUUUCAUAUUAACCGAAAAUCUUUAAAAAUUACAUAUUUGUGUCGAUAUUGUAAUAAGGUCUUAAUUUUUAAUAAUAGAUGUAAACUGCUCUCCCAUAUUAGGUCACAUGCAUUUAAAACUGCUACUAUUAAUGUAAGUGAUUUAAAACUAGAACCUCUUUCAAUUCAAGAGAUUAAUUGGACAACUACAAACCCUUCUAUUAUUAAUGAUUUUCAACAAAAACAUAAAAAGAAUAAUAUCUGUUUUGAAUGUGAUGAAGUAAUUGACUCAACAGGAGCAAUACAAAAGGAUAGAGCAAAACACUAUAUGAGAUAUACAAGCAAAGUCUAUAUGUGUCCUAUUUGUUUGUUCACAGUACCAAAUACCUGCAUUUUAGCAGCACAUUUACGAAUUCAUCUAAAAAUGUCUCCAUAUUUCUGCCCUGAAUGUGGUAUUCAUUUAUCUGCUAAGAGCAUAGAAUAUCCAUACUACCAUGACUGUGAAGGUUUUAAAAUGAUCAGAGCUACUACCAGAUUACAAUGUAGGCAAAAAAGUUGUAAUAAAGUUUUUCACCCAAAUGAAUAUAGGGACCACUUAAAAACUCAUAUUAAAAAGAUUUAUAAGUGCAUAAAAUGUUCAGCAGUAUGGUUUAAUGAGCGACCAAAGAAAAGACAUUCUCCUUGUACAUUUGGUGAAGAUAAAAUUGCGUUACUGUUCCAAUGUCAGAUAUGUCCCAAUAAAUUCAUACCUAAGGGUGAAAGUAAUUAUAUGCAUUUAAAUAAACAUUUUAAAACUACUACAGAACAAAAUAGAGACCAGGUUUAUCCAUGCAUGAUUUGUAAUGUUACAUUUAAUGUUAUUCCUCAAUUAAUAAAACACCAAAUAGAUUCUCAUGGUGCAUGUAAAGAAACUUUGUCCAAAUUUAUGAAUGAACCUGAAUCUAAAGGCAAUCCAAAAGGAAUUUAUCGUGUGGUUAAAAGAUGUGAUAAGUGUCUAAGAAGUUUCAUAUAUAGAUGUCAACUAGAAAAUAUUAAAAUAUUGCCAAAUGAAUGUCCUUACAAGUGCUCCAUCAGUAGCAGUAAAGAAAAUAAUAUAUCAGAAUUAACAAAAGAGAACAAUAUAGUGUGUGGGCUCUGUAAACAAAAUAUUAAUGAAAAAUGGGAAAAUAUAAAAAUACAUUUUGCUAAAUUUCAUAAAAGUCAUAAGUGCUUAGAUUUAAAUCUUACAGUAUGCAAAAUGAAAAUAAUGACUCCUGUUAUCAAUAAUAUAAAUAAAAAUAAUAAGGUAAAAUUCAAAAAUAAAAGGAAAUAUAUAAAAACAAAACAAUCUUACGACAAUAAUACCUAUGUACAUCAGGAAUCAAAAAAUCAUCCACAAAGAGUCCCUGGAGAAAAAAAUCGAUGCAGUAUGUGCGAUUUUACAUCUGAAGAUGAUGAAAAUUAUGAAAAACACAUAAUAACUCAUAGAGAUCCAUGCAUGGCAUAUCAGUGUCUGGAAUGUGGGCGUUGUUUUGCUGUUAAACCUUCUUUUUCUACCCACUUACUAUUAGAACAUAACAUUGCAAAUGUCAAAGAAUAUAUAAGUACAAAAAAAUGUUUUAAUGAACUUGCUUUGUCUACACAAAUAAAUAGUUUAAAAAAAGUGGAUGAACCAGUUAACGAAAACCAAUGUAAAAUUUGUAGAGAUCAGUUUGAAAACUCUCAUGAUUUGGAAAAACAUUUUCGAGUACACGGGAUGGCUUUUCUAAUGAAAAAUAAAAACAAUAGUCCU